AUGCUCGGGUCCGUGGUGCUGGUCUCGCUGGCGGCCGUCGCCGUCACUGGCGCCGUUGACAACAAUGGAACGGGUCGAGUGCUUCUGACCGAGCGACAAACCACCACGCCGUGCUUCAUCUCGACGACGCCCGUCACGGCCUGCGGGCCGGGCGACCUGACCACGGCCAACUGGGACGCGUUCGGGAUCGACAACUUCCUGGCGGGCACCAUCAACCAGUUCGGCGCGUCGGACAACUUCCCCAAAUUCUUCGUGUCGCAGAACACGCCGACGGCGAACCCGUUUGACGACUUUGACUGCUCGGCGUUUGGGAGCACGACGUGCACGGUGCCGACGCUCAACAACCCGGACGCGGCGACCGACUGCAUCUUCGAUGGGUUGCAAGGCACCUUUUGCGCCAACUUUGUCAGCCCGGAGGCCGGGUUCGUCGUGCAGAACUACAUCAACCUGUGGCAAGGGUUGCAGAACCACCACGACGCGAUCCAGGACGCCGCCGACGCCAUCACCUCGGCCAACUUCAUCAACACCAUGGUCAGCGCGCUGGCGCCGCAGAAACAACCCAUCGGCCCGGCCAUCUUGUCGCGGCUGGUGGACCUGGUGACGGACAUCCUGCCGAUCGGCGGCGAGAUCAAGGCCGCGACGACCUUCAUCAAGAAGAUCCGGCUGAUCAUCAAGGCGACCAAGUCGGACCUGGAGGACGACAGCAAGGACAUUGUCAGCAUCGAGCAGAACAACGCCGCCAUCGACCAGGAAGUGUCGGCGACCGAGGACCAGCUCACGCAACAGCUGGCCAACAUUGUGAGCGGCACGCAGAGCCGCCUGCAAAACAUCCUGAACCAGAUCUUCGGCGCGGACCAGGACCCGCAGCUGAUCACGGACCCGUCGACCAUCGGCACGACCUUCGCCUUCCUCAACGCCUACCACGGCGUCUUCCUCGACGACGUGCCCCAGCGGUCCGACCUGGCCGCGCAGAUGCAGAAACAGCUCCAAAACUGGAUCGUCAGCGCCGUGCUCUCCACCAUGGGCUACGACGUGACCAUCGACACCACCCCGCUCGAAGACCCCCCCGGGCAGCCCGGGACAGUGUGCCACGCCGAGAACGGCUUCCCCGUCGCCGCCGGGUGUGCCUUGUUCCGCAUCAACGGCAUCGACCACAGUAACGGCGAUGUCAUCGACAGCGCCCAACAGGGCAACAACAUCUUCGCCCUGCAGGACACCGCGGGCAUGGACAUUGGCGGCAUCAUCGCGAAUGCCCAGGCCUGCAACGGCGGCAGUGGUGGUAGCACCGCGGAUUUCGAGGACUUUCUGGAUAUGGACAAUACCGAUGCCCUGCCUAGUUGUAUGUUCAACUUUAGAGUCGUCGUCACGGCGCUUUGA